AUGGGCGGGCCGAACCACGGCGGUCAAGCAGAGGAGCAUCGUCGUCGGUCAUAUUUCUGGAGCUACCGUGUGACUGGCGCAUUCCCUCCUCCGCCCGAUCUUCCUGUAACAGCGCAUCCGUAUCCUCAUCUGGCUCCCUGUGACCGGAGGGACUCCGCUUCCACCGACUUCCGACGCCAACGCGUAAAUUCCGCAGAGCAAUCCCUGGGCCAUAGUUCCUUGUUCGACUCGUAUAGUCUCGGGAUACUCGCGACGAUUGUUGUAGCGUGGCGCUGGGAUCUAGCUCCUCGAGGUCCAAGUCGUCGUCAUCGGAACCCGAAUAGUCGCCGGGAUGAUCGGACUGUUGUAGCGGGUAGCUCUAGAGUUCGAUCUGUGUUGGGGUUUGUUGACUCCAACGUCACGGGAGACGUGUCAGGUUACUCGUACUCCUCCCCUCUGAACUCCCCGAGCGAAGUUAAACUCCUCAUGAUACCCAAUAUAAUGGCGCAAACAAUAUCGCCAUCCGAGCGAGACGCGGAAAGUUGGAAUCCAGCCCUCCGUCCGGACUCGAGUAAUCAUCACCCCGAGUCGGUCGCAUCUACCGAUGCGUUGUCGGAUCUCCUGGCCGCAGAUAACGCCAAACAAGCUCCCGCUUCCGAUGUCAAGUCCCCUCUCAGCGACGAUAGCUUUUCCGCAUGGGACAUGCCCAUCGAUGUCAACCAGAUGCCAUCCAUUGACACCGCCGUGGAAUCCACAACAGGGAAUGCGCCGGCGACUUUGGAUACAACUGGUGUGGAUAAUAACCCGGAGGUGAAUGGCAUCCCGGACGCCGUCCCUGUCGAGGCGUCAACAUCGGAUGAGCCCCAAGACCCCUUUUCGCAAGGCGCUGAGACCUCACAACCUCAGCCUGAUCAGCCACCAGCUCCUUUAGUUGAAGUUGCUCUCGCUGUUGACGCUAAAGAGGCUAUUCCGGCCCCGACCUCCGAUAAUACCGAACCUGAGCAGCCCCAAUCGCAACCCGACGUGUCAGCUGUCUUUCUUCCCCAGGUUACCGAAACGAGAGAAGUCGCUGAGCCAACCACAACCGCCGAAUCCCCUGCCGAGCCUGAGUCUUCGUCAAUCGAUCCCAAUCCCGUGCAGCCGCAAGGUGACGAGCCGAGCGUUGCCAAAUCCCCGCCGAGCUCGAGUUCCCCCCCCGCUAACGAAGAGGCCGCGGAACAACUAUUCCAUACCGAAUCGACGACCGUGGAAUCGGUUUUCAACUCCCACUCUCAAGAAGACCCCACUGCGUCGUUCUUCGACGAUAUCGAAGGCGCCCAAAACAGAGCCAAUCAAACCCCCGGACCUUGGGAUGCCCUGGAUGAUAAGGAUACCGGCGCACAGCCAGUUGUUGAGACACCAACUCAAGCUGCUGAAAGUGCCCCAUUGGCAGUGGAAACAGCGUUGGAAGAAGAGCCCACAGAAGAUGACGAUGCUUGGGGGCAUAAUGCUCCUAUCGAUGUGGACUCCGACGGAGAUGACUUCUUUAACCAGCUGAAGACUCAAACAAAGCCUAUCUUUGGACCUCCGGAGACAGAGUCAAGAUACGAGGAGGGUGUCCCCUUGCUUGAUGAACCUUAUUCUCCUAUUUCCCCGGUGCAGGAGAAGAUACAGGAGACGCCGCAGCAAACCUCCGUCGACAACUUGUUUGACAAAGAUGAUGAGGAUGCGGAAGGAUUCUUCAGUUCCGCGCAGAAGCCAGAGCCCAGUGUUCCGCGUUCGCUCCACAUCACACGUAAAAGCACCUCGCAAGUAAUGGAUUCCUCCAUUGGAUUCCACAUCGACUCUCCAGUCAGUGACAUUUCGGCCGCCGCACAGCUCGAUAGUGUUCUCAAUGCUGCAUCAUCUGAUUUUCCUGCAUCGCAUGUCCAAACAGAAGGUGGAGAACCAUCAGAGGAGGAUCUUGCCGCACGCUGGGAAGCUGAACUUAGUGAUAUGGGAGAGGAUGACAUAGCGGCGCGUUGGGAAGCGGCACUGAGCGAUGAUGAUGAAGAUAUGUUACUGGGGGAUGAUGUUCAACUACCUACUGGACAGCAAGUCGCUCCACAGGCUGCGGUUGCUUCCCUAACCAACGCUGGACCGACUGGCUUGAACAGUCCCUUCCAGACACCACAGAGUCAAGCUCAACCCCGUCCGAUCCCCGGUGUAUACACUCCACACCAACCGACCACGGGCGAUCUGAUGUCCGGACUCCCGCUUCCAGGAGCUCCUCCUCAGACGAACUCUUACUUCUCCCAGCAGCCUUCGAACCCCGUCGCAACACGGGGAGAAAGCUAUGCCGAGCAAUCGAAGCAAGGUUACAAGUCACCCUAUGAUCUCCCCGAUGACUUGUCUCGUCCUCGACGGCCAGUAGCGACUCAUAAGCCUGUUCCCCCGAAGGUGGAGAAUAUGCCGCCGCCUUCGAGCGUUGGUGUGCAACAACAUGCAGCGCCUCCCUCGAUGCCAUCUGCGCCGUCAGUCAUGGCUCCCACGACUGCACCGGCUGCUCCCCCGCCGGCACCGAAGAACUUUUACGAAGAGCUUCCCUUACCAGCUCCCAGAUCUCGCCCCGCUAGCUCUGGGCGCCCCCCCAUGCCACCACCACAAAAUGCAAAUAUAAUGGCUCCACCCCCUGCUCCUCCUUCUAAUAUACCCGCUGCUCAAUCCUCUUUGCAGCUUCCGGAACCGAUUGACCCGUAUUCAUCUACAUUGGCGUCAAGUGCGCCCGCUGGUCCUAGUGCCGCCUCUAGAUAUUCUCCGAAGCCUCCAGGUCUCCAUCCGUCCGCGAAACCGCCUUCGCUACCAAGAUACUCACCGGCGCCUCCACCCUCAGCACCCGCCGGGGGGCGCAGCCGCUACGCAUCUCAACCACUAUCUGUUCCUGGGCAGCAGGCCUCUCUACCAUUCCAGCCCCCCAUCGGUCGACCUGUCUCCCCUCGUCAGCGCUCAAGCAUCGAUCAAGGAUCGCCCUACGCUCCACAGUCACUCAACGAGCAGGCGAAUGCGUUCGCUCCCGAGGCUGCCAGCCCCCCAGUUGCUCCCCAUCAGGCUCCUCCAACGAGCCGCUAUGCGCCAGCGGAGUAUCUUAAUGAGUUUGCCAAUCGUGUUGCGCCUAGCCCUACCCAAACCCAGGCUCCCCCGCUUCCGAGUCCUACUUAUGCCCCGGCUGUUUCGGCUCCUGCUGCAGCUGGACCGACAUCACCCCAAGCGGUUGAUUCGCAAUUUGCUGCUCCCCGCAGGUCUCAAACCCAGUCGCCUGGUCAGCAGCUUACCAGCCCCCGCUCGUACGUGCCGUCUAUAGAGCCUCCUCUUCCACGUCCUGCCUCGGUUCAUGGAUCUUCGUCGCCAACUAAGACGUCAAACCCCUACGCACCCGCACAGCCAUCUAUAGCGAGCCGGGCUCGUGCGAUGUCUCAGCAUCUUGCUUUCAUCACUCCCGUGGAUGGGCAGGAGCAGGAUACUCUUCAGCGGUGGAAGGGAGCCCCGAUAUUCAAGUUUGGAUUUGGCGGAGCAGUGGUUUCGUGUUUCCCCAAACACAUCCCACGUUAUUCUGCUGGUCAAACAGCACCGAUGAUUAAGCCUAGCCCGGGCGAACCCAGGUUUUCUCAAUUGAACCACUGGUUGCCUUCCACAGACACUAUUGUUCAACAUCCUGGUCCUCUCAAGACCAAGGCGAAGAAAAAGGAUGUUCUGGCUUGGAUUUCAAGCAAGGUUGCGGCUUUCGAGAAUGAGGUCUCCCCAGACUUUGAUCACUCCGAUUCGGAUGCACAAAAGCGCCAUGAUGAGAAGAUUUUGCUGUGGAAGGUUGCCAAAAUUUUGGUUGAGAACGAUGGGGUUCUAGAGGGAUCGCCUGCAGUUGAACAAUCUCUUCGACAUGCUGUCUUCCCCAACCUGCAGAGCCAAAACUCGGAUAACUCGUAUGGAGGCACAUUUGCAAACUCAGGAAGCCUGAGAACACUCAACAACCCCCCACAAUCAGAUGCUGUCGAUCCUCGCUGGAUGGAAGAUUUGCGCAAUGACUUGUUCCUGGGCGAACGUGAGAAGGCUGUCUGGGGCGCCGUUGAUCGUCGUUUGUGGGGGCACGCCCUGAUCGUCGCGUCAACCAUGGACAAGUCGGUGUGGAAACAAGUGGUGCAAGAGUUCGUUCGACGUGAGAUCAAGUCAACGACAGCCAAUUCCGAGUCGCUUUCAGCUCUCUACGAGAUUUUUGCCGGAAACGUGGAAGAGAGCAUCGAUGAACUGGUUCCCCCGUCUGCGCGGGCUGGCCACCACUUGAUCCGUAAGGCUGAUGGACAAGGAGCUUCCAAGAACGCCCUUGAUGGUCUGGACAGCUGGAGAGACACUCUUGGACUUGUUCUCAGCAAUCGCAGCCCCGAUGAUCACCAGGCAUUGCUCGCACUUGGGCGUUUGCUCGCAUCCUAUGGCCGAAUUGAAGCUGCGCAUAUUUGCUUCAUGUUCUCACGGGGUGCUGUCUUCGGUGGUGCUGAUGACCCCCAGGCGAACAUUGUGCUCCUGGGUGCGGAUCACCAGCGCCAUCCUUGCACACUGCUCGAUGAAGAUUCAUUCCUCCUGACCGAGAUCUUUGAGUACGCCACAUCUGUUCUUGCAAGCUCUCCGAUAGCAAACCUGCCACACCUCCUGUCAUUCAAGUUGCUGCAUGCUAAGCAACUUGCCGACCGAGGUCGCAAACCCGAGGCACAGAACUACUGUGAUGGAGUCGCGGCAUCUCUGAAAGCCACCACUCGGCCUUCGCCAUAUCACCACCAAUAUCUGUUUAUUGAAGUAGACGAGCUUUGCGCACGUCUCCGUCAAAUCACUACCGACGGUGGCUCAUCCUGGAUUUCCAAGCCAAGCAUGGAGAAGGUCUCCGGGUCCGUGUGGGCUCGCUUCAAUAGUUUCGUUGCUGGCGAUGAAAAUGAUCCGGCAUCAGCAGGUUCAGGCAAGGCCGGGGAAGUCCCAGACGUUGGCCCCUUCGCUAAUAUCGCGGGAACGCCAACUGUCAGCCGGUCUCCCUCUGUGUCGGAUCUGUAUGGAUCGUACCCCGGCGCAGGAGCGCAGCCAAUCCCUGCCGCUGGUCCCUCGCGGUACAUGCCUUCAUCGAACCCGUACGCGCCCAAUGGAUCGCCUGAGCAGCCCCGUGGAAGAUCAUCCAUGGAUUCCCAGCGCUCUGCCUCGUAUGGAGGUAUCUCGUAUGGCCAACGUCGGAGCUCGCAGGAUAUUUCAUCCCCUUCAGCCGAUACUCAAACAUUUGCCGGGGCGAUUUACGGAUCUCCGGGUGCUGCUACUGGUUACCAGCCUACUCCUCCCCAGUCGUCCUACAUGCCGCUUGCCCCGGUUGAGGAAACAUCAGCCACCCAAUCUCCCGCAGAUCCGGCACCGCCUCCUCAAUCGGCCCUCAACGGGCUCUUCUAUCAGCCUCAAGGGCAGGAACCAGCCAACCAGUCACCAUACUACCAAGGACCCCCUGGAAUGCCGCAGCCAGAGAGCAAUGGGUACGUGCCUCCCGCGACCAGCUCUAAUGCUUACGAGCCGCCUUCCUACGCUCCCGUUAUGAGCUUUGCUCCGGAAGAGACACAGGACUCCGCCGAAGAAGAGGCGCCUAAGCCCAAAAAAUCCUUGAUGGACGAUGAAGAUGACGGGGAUUUGGCUGCUCAAGCCGCCGCUCUGAAGAAGGCUGAGAACGACCGUAAGGCGGACGAAGCUUUCAGAAAGGCCGCUGAAGAAGAUGCCAAGAAAGAUCAACAAGGCCCCAAGAAGGGGUGGUUUGGUGGAUGGUUCGGAGGUGCCAAGAAGGAAGCCGAACAGUCAGGCGGCGGCGGCGGUGGUGGCGGCGGCCCUAUCAGGGCCAAGCUCGGCGAGGAUAAUUCAUUCUACUAUGACAAGGACCUGAAGAAGUGGGUGAACAAGAAGGACCCUGGCAGCGCCGAACCCGUUCGUGCUACGCCACCUCCUCCCCGCGGCUCGGCUCCUCCCAGUCGCAAUGCCAGCUCCAGCAGCAUGCCUCCACCCCCCAAUGCCACCGAUGCCUUUUGCUUCAGCCCAGCUUUCUCUAGCCUUGGUGUGCCCCCACCAAUGGGCCCCUAUGGCAGCCUGCCGCGGUCCGUCUCCACCGGUGCUGCUCAUCCAACCCCACCUGGCAGCUCAUCCGGGCCGCCUCCUCGUCCUUCAUCAUCUUUGACGCAUGCCAGCUCUAUUGACGACCUCAUCGGUGCCCCGCAAGCACGGAAGGGUAACACUGUCAAGGGCAAGAAGAAGGGCCGCUACGUCGACGUGAUGGCCCAAUAA